AGAAGAAAAGUAAAAAAGACAAUUAGAAAAAAAGAAAGAACGUCAAACCAGUUGGUGAACUCAAUUAAAUCCGCUGCACAUUAGAGCCGAUAUUGCUUCGAUUAAGUGUUACUGGAAGUGAUCAUAAACAGCAUGACAUUGAUAGUGUCAGUUAUCGUCGUUCUAUCCGUCUUGGCUAAUGUCUUGCUAGCCGACCUCGAUCCUCGGGGUACCAGGUGUGGCGACAUAUUUUGCAACAUCUCGCAGUAUUGCAGCCCCUUCGAUCUGCAUUGCAAACCAUGUGCAGAUGCGUGUAACGCCACGAGUCACAAUUAUCAGCCAGACGAGUGCAAGAAAGACUGUCAAUUUUAUCUUCAUGAUCAGCGCUACAUUCAACGCAUGGAUCAAUCAAGACAGUACGAUGAUCUCAGAGAGGAGGUUGAGAGGCUUAAAUACAGGUUCGUGAUCACAACGAUUUUGACCUGUUUCUCGCUGCUCGGAAUGUUGUACCUGCUGGCAAGGACUUUAAUACGGUGGAAAAGGAUCCAAGAGUCUUUACAAACUAUAUUUCGAAGGAACAUAAAAGUGAAGCAGGCUAAUAAGAACAAAGUGCAAGAUGACGUCGAGGCCGCGAAUAAGCAAAAUGGUCUCAAGUUGACUAUACCAAGCAUAAGUGCCACGGUGGAGCAAGAAUCCAAGAUAAUCGAGAAUAAUAACAGUAAUAGUAAUAGUAAUAGUAAUGGGAUUAAUACUACACCGAACACCACGAGCACACCUCUCUCACGACGGCACGCUAGCGAGGAUACUACUCUCGAUUAUGCUUACGAUAAUCCGGCGAUGACACCGAGCCCGGACUCCGCGCAGCUUAAGACGAAGGCUCGCGAGAGUUCGUUUUAAGGGCAUCGUUUAUGGGCAUUUAAGAUAAGAAUAUAUGUACGCAAGGAUCAUUCUCGACUUUACUCGAAAAAAUAUAAAUCUCGAAGUACUUAAGCUUAAAAAAGGAAGGCAUUCAGAUAAAUUUGCUUGUUCUAAAAAUACAUUUUGAAGUUCCACUUAUCCAAAUAGGAACACCUUUUGUGGCAAUAAUUGCUUUUAUGAAAAAGUGAACAAGACAUACAUAUAUUUACCCAGAAUAUUGAGGAAAAGAUUUCUUUAUCGGAAACUUCAAUAAUUCUGGUUUAAGUGGACAGGAAAAUGAAAAUAAGAGGAUGUGGCUAAGCGUAUAGGCGUAAAAUGUGACGUGGCUAUUCUGUCUUGUUCUGUGACUAUAUUGAGAUAUAAGAUUUUUCGCGUUUUUACAAUUUUUCGAGCUAUAUUGUUAAUAAAUAUUGGAAUGUAUGAGCGAUCACUCAAUGAGAAAUCACUCAAUGCAUCGUUUUGUCUUUUUUAAAUGCUCUCGCAAUUUUACGUACGUUGAACAGUUUUUAAGAAUGAUAUUCAUAGUCGAUAGUUCUAUGAAUGACCACAGUGUAGAGAAUAAUCAUAUUUCUACAUAAUUAUUUUUUAUUCCCAAUAAUCCCUGAAUCAUUAAGCGCCAAGUCAUAAAACAAGUGAUUUCUUGAUAUUUUCAAUGACUUGGAGAAAUAAUCUAUUGGUGCAUGGCUCAUUUUCGACUACGUAUUAAUUACACUAUGAUGAAAGAAGUAUUUGAAAAAUAACAUAGCUUUUACAUCGAGACUAUAAACAUUGUUUUAAUAGAUCACUUGUACAGUUAUAAUAUAGUAACGUAAGUUUUGGAGUGACUCGUGAAUGCGUGUCACGCCUCCGCGAACCAUGCGGCUGUGUGACUUAAUUAAAUAGUUAUUAACGCGACAUACUCGCGAAAUGUAGACGCGCGCGGUGCAAUUUUCUCGACUCUAUCUUCUUGAUCUUAAACUGCUGGUGAAACACUAGUUUCCGUGAAAUUACUAUACUAACGCCAAUACCUUCGACUGUUAGAUAAGCUGUAAGUGUCCCUAAAGUUAUUCUUUUGCUAGUUCUUCAAAUAAACUUUUAAGUUUGUUUUAUAGUUAUCUUCUAUU